UUUUGAACGGCUGGAUGCGGGUGGCUCACUAUUUGGCAGGAAGGUGAGGAGGCCUCUACCCUGGCAGCAAAGGCAAGGCGGGGAGCGGCGGCUCCAAAUGUGGCAGAGGAGAGCAGCAGGCAGCGGCGGCAGAGGAGGGGGGCACACAAGAGAAGGGGCGCAGCUGUCCCCGCGGCGGAGCUGAGCGGCCUGGCGAGGCAGGGGGGCUCCGUCAGCUGCCGCUCUGGCACCCCCAGGCCGUCCGCCUGGCACCCCCGGGCCCCGUCCGGCCAGCAGAGAAAUAUAAUUGAAAAUACUUCUUCAGCUAAUCUUGGGACAAGCAAAUUCUCGUUUGAAUGGUGGAUUAACAAGUAGUAAUUUUAUCAUUCUAAGGCUAAGAGGAAAUUUUAAGAGUUGGAGAGAACUGGAUUUUCACCCUAGUCCAGCAGCUUUGCUGCUCACUUAAACACAGAUGAAUGAAGACCCCAUUCGGAAAGACACCAGGUCAGCGAUCCAGAGCUGAUGCAGGGCAUGCAGGAGUGUCUGCCAGCAUGAUGAAGAAGAGAACUUCUCACAAAAAGCAUCGAAACAACGUAGGACCUAGCAAACCCAUUUCUCAGCCCCGAAGAAAUAUUGUAGGGUGCAGAAUACAGCAUGGAUGGAAAGAAGGGAGUGGACCUGUAACACAAUGGAAGGGGACAGUUCUUGAUCAGGUUCCUGUAAAUCCUUCUCUCUACCUUAUUAAGUAUGAUGGAUUUGAUUGCGUCUAUGGACUAGAACUGCACAAAGAUGAAAGAGUGUCAGCGCUUGAAGUCCUUCCAGACAGAGUUGCUUCAUCUCGAAUCAGUGAUGCCCACUUGGCAGACACAAUGAUUGGCAAAGCUGUGGAACAUAUGUUUGAAACAGAAGAUGGCUCAAAAGAUGAGUGGAGGGGGAUGGUCUUGGCUCGAGCUCCUAUAAUGAACACGUGGUUUUAUAUUACUUAUGAGAAGGAUCCUGUCUUGUACAUGUAUCAGCUCUUAGAUGACUAUAAAGAAGGUGACCUCCGCAUUAUGCCUGAUUCCAAUGAUUCACCUCCAGCAGAACGGGAACCAGGUGAAGUUGUGGACAGCCUGGUAGGCAAACAAGUUGAAUAUGCCAAAGAAGAUGGCUCUAAAAGGACUGGCAUGGUCAUUCAUCAAGUUGAAGCCAAACCUUCUGUCUAUUUCAUCAAGUUUGAUGAUGAUUUCCAUAUUUAUGUCUAUGAUUUGGUGAAAACAUCUUAGACAUCAUCGUGAACUUUUGCCAAACUUGUGGAACUAUUAAAUGUAAAAUUUGUAGACACAAAGACUUGACUGCUUUCCAGUUUAAUGAAAGCUUAAAUGUCCCUGCGAACCCACAAUCUCUGCCAACAAAACUGUUUUGUUCUGAAUAAUACAAACAAAUUUGUGUGAACGUGACACAUUUUGUGUAAGGGAAUUCCUUUUCUUGAAGGAAGUCACUAUAUUUUUGGGGAGAGGGAGUUAAAGUAAACAGCUGCAAAUCCAAGCUGUGUAAAGUUGAUCUAGUAUUGUAAUCAUUAAUCUAAAAAAAUUUUCAUAGCCUUUAACUUUUUCUUCAACCUCGCACUCACCUGUUCAACUGCCACAUGCAAGUGUAGUUUGAUAUUUUCAAUAUUGCCUUCUUAUGUAACAUUAAAUUUAAUUUCUUGGCUACUGGCAGUCCUUGUUUUCAGGGUUGGGGCUGAGAUGAUUUCAAAAAAAGUAAAUGGUUGGUUUGUGCAGUGUUUAAGGAGUGCCUAACCCAAGUAACAUCAAUCUACUGUGUUUCUACACCUUAUUUCAAAGUAGCUUUUUAAGAAUUAGCAGUACAUGGGAAUAUUUGUGCAUCUUCGUAGACACAAGGCAGUACAACAUCAAGUGUUUGACUUGCACCUUUCAGUGAAAAGGCUUUAAACUAUAAAAGGUUUAAUCAACUAUAUAAACUGUUGAUUCGAAAAUGCAGACCCACAUUUACAAGUUGAAGGAACCAGUAAAACUACACAAAACAAGGCUGCCUUCUAUUCUAAAUGUUGUAUUUUUGUUAUACACACUUCUUAACAAACCCAAGUGCUUGGUGCCACAACAGUCAUAACAUUAUAUGUUACUUCAGAAAGAUCUUUAGACUACACAUUGGCAAUCAGUAGUCUCUCAUUUAAUUUCAAAAUUAGCAACCUGGAUGUUUGUGUGUGGACUUAAAAGCCUAAUAGUUUAUCUGUUACAUGUAAAGACAAAAACCUCAUGAAAGAACAGUCCUCUUACAUUAAAGACUUAUUUUAGAGAAGGAGAAGCAUUUGUUGCCUUCUGCUGCAUUCCUUUUUUUUUUUUUUUUAUUUUAUUAUUUUCCCCCUGAGAAAACAUCUUUCUUAGCUCUUCUUUCUGGCUUUUCUACGAGUGUCCGGACAAAUCAUCUACAGCUUAAACCUGUUGUCGCCUUUUGUGGUGUACAUUGUACUCGCUUUGAGGUAUGCUGUUACGUGAAUUUCAUUCAAUGAACACUAGAGUUCUGCAUGCCAGUGGUGUACUAACUAAUGAAAGCUAUAGGCAGCCUCAGUGGUUCGGUCAUCUGCAUUAGAUUGUGGAUGUAAAUAGCAGCCCACAGCAGCAGAUCCUUUCACAGUUUUAAUCUUGCAAGAUAGUUGUAACCCAAAGUAGUUUUUUAAGUGUGGCAGUUUUUAAAAGUAAUCAGAAUUGCAAAAAUGGUCAGUUCAGCAACAAAAUUGUCAUGUCAUAUUAAGGCAGAGCUUUGCAAGUUUGAAAGCACUGCUUCACAGAUGGCUAGUAUGUGAAGCCAGUUAUUGCUGUUGAGGGGAGGAACACCCAGAUCCCAACCUUGCACAGAAGACUAAAAAAAGGUGCUGUUAAUCAGAGAUCUGAGGCCCGGAUGACCUCUAUUAUGGAUGUUCUUGACAUUGAAGAUUCAGUGGUUUAAGCCCCUUUCUAUCCAUUUUUGCCUGACUUCAUAUUUUAGCCUUAAGGCUUGUGCCUCAUUAUGCUGUUGAAUGGUAACAAAUACUCACCAUAUAAAUACAGUACCUUAAUUCUUUGUCCAUUGCUACUAUUGCAUUAUGUCCAGUAUUUCAUCAUGGGCAACCAAAGGCAGGCUAUUGUCUUUCAGUUAAUAGCUUCUCAAUGCAGUCCUUAAGUACUAAGUACCUGAAUCAUAAAUGUUCCUUGUGUUUUUGAACAAAGUGAGCAGAUUUGCAACACAGUGUUUUCAUCCUGCAGAUCUGUUAUGUGUUUUCUAUUGACUCUUAAGAGUCCUGCAUGUAAAUCUCAAAGCUGAGCCUGGCUCCAUGAGUCCAAGUUGAUAUUUGUGGCACAAGAAUGAGUGAGUGUAUUGAUUAUACACAGGAUACGUGCAUAACGUAGUACAGUGAAUUUUGGGCUAUACAUCUGAGGAAAACAAGGUUUGUUUUGAAAUAUUUGAAGUUCAGGUCUACUGAAACAUUUUUAGCAUUAAAGGCUUGCAUUUGUGGGUUUUCUGCAAGCCACUUUACUAUACCACAUAAUCUACCAAUUAGUGGAGUAUAAUCUGUAAAUUUUUACGGCCUUUUAAGUGUCCCCUGUUGUCUGUUGCUUUGUUGGUUUUUGGUUUUGUUUUUUGGUUUGGGAUUUUCUUUUUCUUUUUUAUUUUUUGAUAGUUUAAACCACCUUUUUUGAGGCUUGAGACUAAUUCCACUUCCUGCCCUUCUGCUUUGGGCUUUGUUUUAGGCUCAUGUUUCAGAUCUGCAUGCAGUGCUUGCGUUACCCUGGUAACUAAAUGUUGGUUCCUUGUUCUAGGGGUUCAACAUUACUUUCCAAAUUUAUCAUGGGGCUUGUCACAGCACAAGCCAGGAUCUGUGUAUAAAAGUUAUUGGCCUUUCUCAUUUACCUGCUGUAGUAUUGUUGUAUAUUGUGUGUGUGCGUGUGUGUGUGUGUAUGAUGUCAGGCUGCCAUGUAAAAUUUUAAAAAGGAAAAAAAAAAUCUUAAAUGCAGACCAUCCUUUUUUGCAUGCUUAGAAGGUAGAAUGUUCAAUGUAACAAACUAAAGUUGCAUGUUAAAAUGUUUAGGUUUUUUGUUUUUGUUUUUAUUUUGUGUUCAGUUUUUGUGAAUUUGCUUAUUGUGCUGUUUUAAUGGUUGUUAGUAGGACUAAAUGCACUGGUGAGGCGAGCAUAGUGCCAACAGAAGGUAAUUUUCCAGUUGUAUGUGUCACAGCAUUUGAAGGGACCAUGUAUUCUGUUCACUAGUAAAUAAAAUCACAGCUGAAUCUAAAACACCACAACUUUUUUUCUUUUGAGUGCCAAACCCUAAAUUAAGUUGGAGUAGAAUACAUAAAGACCUAAAUACAUUGGGGAAAACCCUUUUAAACUUCAUAAAUUGCAAUACAUAAAAGUCUUUUUUUAAUUGAUUCAUUUUAAAACUGAAGGUUUCUUUGAGGACAGCAGCAAUUACAAUCAAUUCAGGGAAGGUGAAUUACAGCUAAAACAGUUUCUGGUUCCUUUAAAAUGCUGUGCUUUUUGUAUUUUACAUCAUUAGUGCAAUUUGGAUGGUUCUUGGUAUGUGUAUAGUUCAAAGGUCUUCGUGUUCACAUUUUAAAAUUAGGUAAUGACUUCAUCUUUAGAGCUUGGUUUCAUUAUUUUUAUUUUAUUUUGAACAAUGUAGACAGUUCCCUGUUCUCUGCAUUUAGAAGUAUAAACACUUUAAAUCUGUUACUUAAUUCUGUAAGUAAUUUUUAUAAUUAUGAUGUAACUCUAUCCUUAAAACAUUUAAAAUAAACCCUUUAUGUGCAACUUAUGACUGUAAAUUUUGUUCUCACGAGCAAAAUGUAGUGGUGUGUUCUAAAAUUGUGAAGAAGCAGUUUCUUCAGUUUUAUAAUUAAAAAAGGACUUAUUAUUUUAACAUUGA